AUGUAUAUCAUAAUGAAUCGGUUACAGGAGCAACGCCCUCCAUCGUACACGGCCGAGGACUACAGUCUUGCCUUGAGACAAUUCGCUUCCAUCUCCUUCACCAAUUAUUACCUGAAACGGAAAGACGCCGUUUCUCAAAAUGCCCUGACCGGGGGAGAAAGGGCCCUUAAAGACAAAGAUCGACUCAUGAGACGCCUGGCCAAAGAAAGGCGGACCGGAAGCGAUACGAAUCUGGCAACGGGACAAGAGUUGUUGACCUUAAACAACUUCUACAACAUCUCCGAGCUCCUGAAGAAGCUGAAGACGGACCUCAAGUUCAGCUACAUCGAAUUUGUCGAAGAGUUUGUGAGCGCAAAUCUGGACGGCGUGAGCCUCCUCCUCGAUGUCCUCAAAGGGAUUCAAUUGAGCCAAACGGACUGUCGAUUGGACUGCCGACUCGGCAGCCGACAGCAGCAUCUCUGUCUCGUUCGUACGUUGGCCGACGAACACGAGACCCUGAUGAGCCUGAGAUAUUGUCUGAGAGCAAGCGAAUCGGGACAUCGAUUGGCCUCAUACACUAAUGGCCUUUACACCCUCGCAGUCUGUCUCAUGUCCAACGUGAACAAGAGCCGGAUUCUCGCCUCCGAACUUUUAUGUGCAGCGUGUUGGGCGUCGUCGGAAGGGCAUGCUCAGGUCCUGGAAGCCAUCUCCACCCUCCGACUUCGGUUCGGGGAGCCCAUUCGAUUCAAAUUCCUCAUCGGCAUGCUCAACAGCUUCUCCUCUCCCACCUUUCAGGUAGCGUGCCUGAGGCUUCUCAACGCCAUCGUUGAAACCACCUUAACCUCCAAAGAAAGAGCUUAUCUUCAGGCCGAAAUGGAGGAAGCAGGCUUCGAGCCUGCAAUCAUACGAAAGUUGUUGGCACCAGACCACCCGGAAUAUGAGUCGAUGAAGGAAGAACUGGAAAGAUGGGAACAGAACUACAUUGAUGUCGGCGAAAUUUUGAUGAAGCUGGAGAAACUCUCCCAGGAAAACUCCCAUCUCAAAGAACGGGUCUACCGGGUGGAAGAGCUGAAACAGGUGGCAGAGAAGGAGCGCAAUGACCUGAUAAAGCUCGAGGAGACGCUGAAGCGGAAGUGCACGGACUUGGAAGAAAAGCUGGUACAUGUGGGUCGGGAUAAGGACAGAGACAGAAAACUGUCGAACGGGAGCGCUGACAGCGGGGAAGGGAGCAGUCGAAGCAGCCUAGGGGAAACCCGCAGUCCUUCGGGACACUCGGCCGAUAGCAUCUACGUGGAGAAAGACAACCUGACCGAAGAGGUGCUCACUCUACGCAACGACACGAUCCUCAUGGACGGAUUCGGGACCGUGAUCCGGAGCAAGACCAAGGAAUCUACCAACACCAGCAGCAGUGCUGCCACCGUCCUCGAGAGAAGCACCAACGCAACCAGGAAGAAAGAGGAGGAAGACGCUCCGAUUGUCGCCAAACACAUCCCGAAACCCCCGGCCAAACCCCGGCGAAAUCAGAAAGAGAUCUUGAAGAUCCAGAACGGGGAGAUCAAGGUUCAAAGGGCGGUGAAGGGCAGAGAUUUCCCUAUCUAUGAAGCCGGAAUUUAUGUGAACAGUGUGGAUUUCCCGGUCGAGACGAGCGAUACGGAGAGUGCCAUGAGUCCCACUGACCAGGGUUGCUCGAGUCUCCGAACGACGAUCGAAACAGAAUCCACGAAAAGCUUCGGUUUCGUCCGCCCGGGGAUGAUCUUGAAACGAAGCGAGACUUUCGCAGACCCUCGGCAUUCAGGCUCUCACCUGGACCUGAGAAGACCGGACCAGACCCAGAUCUUGCCCGAGAAUUACAUCCGACGAAGCGAAUCUUUCGCCAAUGGCCUUCAGGGACCCUCCGCUGCUCCCAACGGUAAAGGACAAGGAUACUGGGCACGGAUCUUCAGCCUAUCUGGAGACGUGGAAUACGACGCGUCCUACUUGGUCUACGAUCCCCUCCUUCACGAUCAAGCACAGCCAGGUACACAAGCAGGUCAACAGCAGAAGGUGAGACGAGGUCGAUCCGUGUCCUCGAGCCGGUCUGGACGACGAGAGAGCUCCGUGCCUCGCCGUCAGAGCCAACGACGAUCCGGAAAGGAGACCUUGGAUACACCCGAAGACUGGACCAUCAAAUGGCGCUACCCCAAGAUCCCCGUGGACCAGAACACGUUCGUGGUCAAGGACAAAUCCAAGAAGGUUAAAGGUCGGGGAGGGUUCAUGCAGAGCUACGACGGCAACUUCGACUGCUACUCCAAGGCGAACGGUGUCGAAAACGGGAUGAGCCAGGUGAAUGCCAAGCUCGCUGCAGCGCACAUGCCGCCCGCAUUCAUGAGGCGGAAACUGGUGCAGGGGGACGUCGAUGACAUAUACCGCUCCUUUGACAUUCCCACUCCGGAUUAUAGCACCAUGAGCAAUUCCUGGGCUAGGAAUCCUCAUCCGAAUCCCAAGCAGCGAGUCUUCGACCUUCCCGCUGGACUCUAUUGAGAACUCAAUAUUCUCUUCUCGAUGACUUGUUUUGAAUCAUUAUUAUCCCUUGACAAGUGCCAAAAUGGACUCUGAACUUUUUUUUUGUUGGUUGCUUUCACGAUCUGUGAUAAAGGGACAACGAGAAAUAAUAUGGGUUCGGGUUCGUUCUUUCCUUUUUUUUUUCUUCGACGUUACAUCCUUGCCCCCUGUGCUGCUAUGAAUUGGACCAUGCUGAAC